AUGUUGAAAAUAUUUGCUCUCUACGUUCAGAAGUUCACUUGCAAUGUGUGGAAUGUUGAAUUGAAUGAAAACUUCUAUAGAACGUCACUUACUAAGGCAAAUAAUCAAAAAGAUCAACGUGUGAGAUUUGGCUGGAACGAGUCGUUGACAUCGUCACUCGAUUACUGGAGUCAACGUGAAGCUUCAUUUGAUUGCUUCAUCGGCACUGAACUGCUGUCUACUAAUGAUAACGAAAGUAUUAAGAUGAUUGCGAGCAUUAUGGAACGAGAGGCAAAAUUUGUGUUGCUUGAACCUGUUGACGGUGUAGAUGAAGAGACUAUCAAGGAGGUAAGUAUCAAACUUUGCAGUCAUACUGAAAUAUUAGUACGUAAAAUUGAAGAAUAUUUGUAAGA